AUGGGGUUUGUCCGACCUGUGCUGGAGUACUGUUCCCUGGUCUGGCUUGGUGCGCCACCCUCACACUUGGCCAAGCUAGACCAGAUCCAGCGACGAGCCAUCCACAUCAUCGGAUCGGGCUCCUGGCUCCCUAGUCUAUCUCUGCGGCGGACAGUGGCCUCGCUUGCAUACUUGUACAAGCUAUUCUGCCUAGAUGCGGACAGCCCGCUAAAGAAGAUCCUCCCUCCUGGUGCCCAACGUCGACCUCAGGACAUACAGCCCACCCGUGUGUCUGCUCAGCCUACGCACCCACACCAGCUAUCGACUAACCUGCCAGCACGCACCCGAAACAGCUGUCUUCGCGCAUUUCCUGCCAGCGCUGUGCAGACAUGGAAUGCUCUGCCCCAAAGCAUACUGCUGAGACCCCCACACCUGGAAGGCCUGCAAGCCUUUAAGUGCCGUGUCCACCGUCACCACCAGCUGCACCACUGGAGCUGGGCGACUGAGAGCCUCUAG